AUGUCUGAUUUAAUUGAAUUACAGAGGAGCUACCUGAUAGGGGUUUUGAAUCAGAUUGAGACGAGAAAUAACUUGAAGUUUCUUAUUAUCGAUAAAGCUGUGGAGAAAAUAUUGAGCUACCUUUUCCUCACGCCCCAGGAACUUUUAAAUAAUGUCACUUCUGUCGAUUUGAUUGAUUCCCCCACGAGAAAAGGACAGUCCUCCGUCGAUGCCAUUUAUCUAUUGGAACCUACAAAGUAUAACAUCAAUUGUAUUGACGCUGACUUUAUGGUAAGGCCACCAAAAUACAGAAGAUGCCACAUUAGGUUCUUGCCAGGGUUAACAAACCCUAUAUUUCAGUUUUUUCAAUCAAAACGUUAUAUUGCUCAAAAUCUUGAAUCUUUCAAGCCAAUUGAAUUGGGGUUUUUCGUCAAAGAAUCUCAGUUUUUUCAAACUUUACAAAUGGAGCAUUCAUUACAGGUUUUCUUCAACAAUAACUGCAAGGCUCUGAUUCCUACUAAUGUGAGGAAGAUCGUGGGCUCUUUGGUUAGUUUAUGUGUUAUUACUGGGGAAUAUCCGAUUGUUAGAUAUUUUGAACCCAAUCCUGUGGAAGAAGAAGAUGCCCGCAACGGAAAUACUGCAUCCAAAGCUAAUUCUUUGACCAAAUCCAUUGCGAGUGCAUUUCAAAUAGCAAUAGAUACGUACGCUCGCAAUAAUCCUGAUUUCCCUCCUCAAAAUACUGAAAGGCCGCGUUCGAUUUUAAUUAUCACUGAUAGAACAUUGGACCCAUUUGCGCCAAUAUUACAUGAUUUCAGCUACCAAGCAAUGGCUUAUGACUUAGUCACUAAUGUGGAUACACAGAAAGAUGUGUACCAUUAUUCCGCCGAGAAUGAAGCUGGUGAACAAGAGGAAAAGGUUUCAAAAUUGGUGGAUUUGUAUGACCCCGACUGGAUUGAUUUGAAACAUCAGCAUAUUAUGGAUGCUAACGAAUACAUCCAAGGUAAAAUUAAGGAGUUAAUUGCUAAAAAUCCUCUUCUGGUUGACAGAUCAAAUGUUAAAAAUACUACCGACUUAUUGAGUGUCGUAGCGCACUUGAAAGAUUUUGACGAAGAAAGAAGGAGAUUGAUUUUACAUAAGACUUUAAUUGAUGAAUGCUUGGGGGAAAAUGCAGAAAGAAAAUUAGCUGAUAUCUCUGCUAUUGAACAAAAUCUAUCUGGUUUUGGGACCGAUUUUAGUGGUGAGAAGAUAAAACAUAUCGUUGAUGAUCUCCUGCCAGCAUUAGCAAUGAAGGAGCCGACAAUCUUGGAUAAACUGCGUUAUAUUAUUGUAUAUGCUCUUUUCAGAGGUGGCAUUAUUGAGUUGGAUUUCAUUAAAUUAUUGAAUUUUAUUGGAGUUAAUCAUGAUCAUGAAAAUUUCCAGCAAUUUUUGGAAAUAUUUAGGAAUUAUGAUCAAAUUGAUUUCAAAUUGAUCAAAGAUAGACCAAAGGAUAAACCAUACCAAAAGGAAUGGUUUCAUGAUACUUUAGUGAAUGAUCCGAAUAUUUACCACACUUCAAGAUUUGUUCCAGCUGUAGGGAAUAUUCUUUCAAAAGUUAUAGCGAAUCCAUUGUUAUUGAGCGAACAAUAUUUCCCGUAUUUAAAGGACAAACCAAUUGAGUUAUUAAACGAAGAGGAAUUUCAAGCAGGACUGGCUAAUACCUCUGCCAAUUCCUCCUCAUCCUUAAGAAACCCGCGGCAUAAAGCAGCAUGGACCACGAAAAGCUCCAAUUUAAAGAAGAAUAUACCAAGGCAAAGAUUUUUUUAUUACGUUAUUGGCGGUAUAUCAAUUCCCGAAGUAAAAGCAGCUUAUGAUCAAUCGAACCUGAAGAAUAGAGAUAUAUUUAUUGGCAGUGACGAAAUCUUAACACCAACGAGUUUCUUAGAUGAAGUGAAAUAUUUACAAAAUCCAAGAGAAUUCUUUAAAUUUAAAGAAGAUCAGCGCCAGCAAAUAAAUCCACCUGACUUUCUUUUAAGAGAAAUGAAACCAGUGGCACAACCAGUCUCCCAUGUUCAUCUUAAAAGCCAGAAUAACGAACCCAAGGUUGGUACUUCUAGUCCCAAAGUAGCAGGUUCUCCAAAGCCAGAAGUUACCGGAAAAGAGAAGAAACGUAGUAAAUUUUCGAGAUUUUUGAAAAGAAAAUCUCACCAUGAUAAAUGA